UGUCACGCAAUCCUCUCCUCGUCGUGUGGAACAUGUCAUCGCGAAAGUUGUAGAACGAGCGAUCAAACCGGCAGAUCACCUUUUGUUACCAAAAUGCCGGCUGUUUGCGAGGAGAAAAGCUCGUCAGGAAGGGUUAAGGUUGUGGUGAAGAAGCAAAGAUGGUAUUUGGGUGGAUGUGCCUCGGCUAUGGCGGCUUGUUGUACGCAUCCUUUAGAUCUUCUCAAGGUGCAUCUUCAAACGCAACAGCAAGUGACAUCUGGCUUGAGCACUAUGGCUGUACAUGUUGUCCGAACGCAAGGUGUGACAGCUCUGUACAAUGGACUGACGGCAUCUGUCUUGAGACAGCUGACAUAUUCAACAACACGUUAUGGAUUGUAUGAGAUCUGGUCCGGCAUGCUAAGAAAAGGAACUGAGCCGCUACCUUUUUGCCAAAAGAUAUCCCUUGCUGCUGCAUCAGGUUUUCUUGGGGGUAUCUUGGGAAACCCAGCUGAUAUGGUGAAUGUCAGGAUGCAAAAUGAUGUAAAACUUCCACUUGAUCAAAGGAGAAACUAUAAACAUGUUUUUGAUGGGCUCUACCAAACUGCUAAAUAUGAGGGUGUUCCAACUUGGUUCAAAGGUGUAACCAUGACAUCAACAAGGGCUUUACUCAUCACAGUUGCUCAGGUUGCAUGCUAUGAUCAAGCCAAACAGAUACUGCUUUCCACAGGCUUCUUCAAGGACAACAUGGUCACACACUUCACUGCCAGUUUCAUAGCAGGAACCAUUGCAACUGGUAUUACCCAACCAUUUGACGUGAUGAAAACAAGAAUUAUGGAGGCCCGCCCAGGACAGUACAAGUCGGUGUUCCAUUGUGUCAUGUACACCGCGAAACUUGGACCGAUGGGUUUUUAUAAGGGGUUUAUUCCCGCAUGGGUUCGCCUGGGACCACAGACCAUCUUAACUUGGAUUUUCCUCGAGCAGUUACGGCUAUUGUUCCCCUACAAAGAGAAAUAAAAAAAAUGUUUUGGUAGCUUAAAUAUUAUCCCAUAUAGGCACUUAAAAGAUAUUUUCAUUUAUAAAGUAGAGCUUCACCUACUAGAAAGCUGUUUUCAUAAGGUAAGAAAUGAAUGUAAAUUUUGUAAAAGUGAAGAGUUAUUUGUGGUAAAAAAGCCUCAUCAUAUUAUUCUGAUCGGUAACAAUAAGUAUAGUUAUUCUUUAAAAGAAUAAAAAAAAUACUAUGGC